AUGUUUGAUUUAGCGAGAUGUGCAUGGGAUUGCGAAGAGAAGCGUCAGGCGAAACAAGAACGUGAGGAUGAGAAGAGGUGGAAUAGAAAGUUGAAGUCCGUAACUUCAAAGGAGAUUGAGGAAUCCAUGAAAACGGAGCAUGAGGCCGAGAAAAGGAUUAAGGAAGACGAGAAAUGCAAGGGGAAGUUGGGGAGAUGGCAUAAGUUUGAUGCAAUGUUCGAGGAAGAGGCAGAUCGUUGGACUGAGGAGUUGACAAGAGCCGCUGGCCCCGCUCCCGAAGGUUAUCCGUAUGUUCAAAUCGAGCUCGGUGGUGAUCAUAGACGUUUUUGCAUGCCCGGGAGUUAUACCUUUGCUAGUAGGAGCAUAGACUGUCAGGAUUGCAAAGAUGACGAAGAGAUGGCAAGGAAAAUGGAAAGAUCUAAGAAAAGGUAA